ACGCUCGACCAGUCCAUCGCAAAUAUUACCCUUUCGCGUUCUGACGUUUGAAGUGGCACGUUGGACAAAUCAAACUCGCCCCCGUCCGUUUCCACCACUAUCGCGUUAAACCUCCCUCGGACGGGGGUUCGUUUCACGUCGCUGACAGAGUUUGUCUUCGCUCGCGAGUCCAGUCGGGCACGAUUUACUUAGAUCGCUUUGCGAGUAUCGCUCAGACAUCACCGCGCAAUUCGUCCCUCAACAGCUUUGUGUUCGACAAUCUCGAAUUCGUCGCAGUGAAAUAUCAAAAAAUGGGUAAAUAUAUCUUUGUUUAUCCACUCAAUCGGAAAUAACAACCCUAUUGACGAUACCAGUGCACGCGUCUCGACAACUUUCUCGCAAUAAAAUUAAUCGUAGAUAUUUUUAACCUGUAAAAUGGAUCUCGGUGUUCUGAAAACAACUGAAAAUUCUUACCUGACAUUUCUCGCGACAGGAAGAACUCUGCCCACGCCGGUGUCCUGCAAAGUGUGCGGUGAUCGAUCAUAUGGAAAACAUUACGGUGUUUAUUGUUGCGAUGGCUGCUCGUGCUUCUUCAAGAGAUCCGUGCGUCGCGGCGCUCUCUUCACUUGUACAAGUUUCGAUGGAUCUUGCACCGUUGAUAAAGCCAGACGAAAUUGGUGUCCGCAUUGCCGUCUAAAAAAGUGUUUCUCAGUUGGCAUGAAUACCGCAGCGGUGCAGGAGGAACGAGGACCGCGCGUUCGAAGUAACGCGCUCUCAAAUCCGCAUAAUUCUAACAUUACUUGGAAGCCUAGAAUCGAAUCGUCAGCAACUUUUUAUGCACACUUUAAUAGCUCCGAGAUGCAUUUGCCUUUCAAAAAUCCUGCCGUAAAUAAUACUUUAAUGAUGAAGACGCUACACAGAACUGAAAAUAGAGACAACAUUUUGUUUCCUGUCAUUUCGCGUCACGUACAAUCAGCAAGGAUUAUAUCGCCUGGCACGGCUAUACAUUACGAAAUAUCCGCGCAAAUAUUCCUGGCUGCCGUUCGCAAUGCGCGUCGACACCGGGAUUUCUCGAUCCUGGACACGGAGGAGCAAAAUAAAAUCCUUCGUCGUGGAUGGUCCGCUCUUUUCGUUUUGCGCGCAGCUACGUGGCCGAUCGACUUAAUGAAUAUACGAGGGCAGAGCGCAACGAGUAACGACAAUGCGUCAGCCUGCUUGAACGCCGCGCGUAUCGCGAUCACAAAGCUGCAGCUCGACGAUGUCGAAUUAUGCAUUUUGGACACAUUCGUGCUAUGCCGACCCGAAAUUGCCGAUACCACCAACGGUUUCCACGUAAUGUCGCAAGCGCGAGAUAACGCCGUGGAAGCUUUAAUACGACACCUCCAGCAUCGGGACGAUCGCGAUAACAAACUGGCCAGGAUUCUAUUUGUCUUGCCUAUUCUAACCGGAUGCUGCCCUCGGGAAUUGGCCGGGGAGCUAUUCGCGCCGAUAAUCGGCGACGCAGAUCUGGAAAGAGUCAUCGCGUCUGUGCGAUAA